UUCCAUUUCAACUCCCCCACCUCCACUAAACCCUCUCUCUCUCUCUCUCUCUCUCUCUCUCUCUACUGUGAUCCAGAGGUAGGAAAGAGAUGGAUGGUCUGAUAAAGGGCUUGAUCGAAGUAGCCCUCGGCCAAGGCGACAACGACGACGAAACGAACUCUCAGUUUCGAGAAGAGCGAUCCCGAUCCACUUGGGCACAGGUGGUGACGGGAGAGAACGAUAAGGACGAAGAGAGCAGUUUGGAUGCCAACGACUAUAACCGGAACCGGUGGAACAGAAAGGAAGAAAGAGAUGAUAGCAACGAAGACAAAUGGGAAAACGUUGAAGAGAUGCCUUCUAGGCGACCCCAAAAGGUUGUUUACGAGGACCAUCACAUGUACAAAGAGGGUGAUGAACAUGGAUACAGCCAUAGCCCAUGGAAUAGAAAGACGGAGAAUGAGGCUAACAAUGAUGGUUGGGAAUCUGUCAAUAAAAGGCCUCCAAAGCAUCCUCAUAAGAUAGCAAAGGAUCAAUGGCAUGGAUAUAAAAAGCCUCCAACUGAGCAGAUAUACUCUGACGACAUCAAUUGUGGUGCUCGUCUACAACCUUCAGAAGAGGAGCUUGCUGACCUUUCACAAGCUUGCAACAAGCUAUGGGAACUUGAUUCAAAUCGUUUGGUACCUGGAAAGGACUACCAGAUUGACUGUGGUGAAGGAAAGAAAGCUUACCAAAAGGAAGAUAUGGCCCAAGGCAGCCUGUUUUACUGGCUAAGUGAGGAUGUAUUCAGGAAGCCCACUUAUUCUCGUUUCUGUUCUCUUUUAGAUAAUUACAACCCAAAUGAAGGGUGUAAAGAAGUUGUUACUUCUGAGGAGAGGCAGGAGCAGAUUGCGUUCAUCGAAGAGAUCAGUAGAACUGCACCCAUUAAAUAUCUUCACAAGUAUCUUUCAUCCAAAGGCAUUCUGUCUGAGGAUUAUCAAGAUUUUAAAAGAGUGUUGAUAGGUCUCUGGUUUGAACUUUAUGGCCGAGGUGGUACAUCUAGUUGCUCCUCUGCUUUUGAACAUGUUUUUGUUGGGGAAAUCAAGCAACGUGGGGAACAAGAAGUUUCUGGCUUCCACAACUGGAUUCAGUUUUACCUUGAAGAGGCAAAAGGAAGUGUUGAUUAUCAAGGUUAUAUUUUUCCCCGAAGAUAUGGACAAAUUCCAGAUUCUGACACCCAGCUACUUACAAUUCAGUUUGAGUGGAACGGAGUUCUCAAGUCUGUCUCAAGCAGUCUGGUUGGAGUUAGCCCAGAGUUUGAAAUUGCCCUGUAUACCCUCUGUUUCUAUGCAGGUGGAGAGGAUAACCACGUUCAGUUGGGCCCUUAUCCUGUUAAUAUCAAAUGCUAUCGCCAUGGAAAUGACAAAAUUGGAUCUGUGUUUCCAAUAGCUGAAUGUUGAACAUCUUUAAGUGUUCCACUCUCAGUUCUAUUUUAUGUUCUUCUUAAUAAAAAGAUUACUAGAAUAUAUAAUAAAUUAAAGACUACUUAUUGUCUUGGGCCUGUACAAUAAGUAUACGAUUCGAUGGUAUUUAGGAUGUAACCACUUUUUUUGAAUUAAUGAAGACUAUAGAUACUUAUUAUAAAUGAUAAAAGUUUUGGUUAAACUGUA